AUGAAAGUGAUCGGACUUCAUGUUUACCAGAAAAUGGCAGGAUUUGAGCUGAAUGAUGGAAAUCCAAGUCCAGUCAUAUCGUGGCAUGCUUAUAAUGGAAUGGAAGUAUUAAAAUACAAUGUGGUGAAUUACACAUAUAACCCCUUAUGGCCAGAGUUAAUCUGGAGCAAAUUACAGUUGGAGACUGUCCGAACAAUCUUUACAAAUAUAUAUCAACCUAUUUUCAUCAAAACAUUGAAGCAUCACCUGAGAAAAGAAAAGAAUAUUGUGAUGAGGAAAGAGCGUCCCAGAGUCAGGCUGAUCCAGAAGACAGACAGAGACACUGGAGGGGUGACAGUGAGCUGUCUGGCCACUGGCUUCUAUCCCCGACACAUCAACCUGACUAUGCUGAGAGAUGACUGGCCAAUCACAGAGCAGGAGCUGACAGUGGGGGAGGUGCUGCCCAAUGGAGACGGGACAUACCAGCUGAGGAGGAGCCUGAGUGUCAGUGAAGAGGAGCUGAAAGUGAAACACCACUACACCUGCACUGUCACACACCUGAGUCUGGACAACAAGCUGGACGUCAGCUGGGAACCAGAGGAUGAUCCAGGUAAUGUGUUUAUCACUGUGGUUAUAGUCCUGGUCCUGAUUGUGUUUCUCACCACAUUCAUCGCUGCCUUCAUCAUCUGUAAGAGGAGACAUAAAGGUGGGAUUGAGGCCAGCUCCAGCCAGGAGUGCAGCUUUCUUACAGGGAGAAUACAGUGCCAUGAAGAACAAUAG